CAGCUUUGGUGGUUACUACAGAAUUUUUGAUCCUUCAACUGCAUGGUGGGCUGCGGCAGUUAUGGCUGUGGAAGUUUCACCCUCACAGCUUCUCAUGUUGCUGCAGUUAUUGCAGUGUGAAUUUGCAUUAUCAUGUCAAGGCCUGUUGAGAGAAUAGCAGAGAUCAAUGAUGGAAAAGAGCUUUGGAAGAUUGUUGUUAGGAUUCACCACCGAUGGAAAGUUGUCUCCAACAGCAAGGAACAUUUUGAAAUGAUCUUUGUUGACAAAUUGGGAGAUGAUAUUCAUGCUGUUGUUCCAGCACCGCAUGUGUCGGUUUUCACCGAAAAAUGCUUAUUAGGCCAUACUUAUACUGUAUCUAAUUUUAAGGUGGUGCCUUAUGUUCUGGCCUUCAGGGCAUCGGGACACAGAUAUAUGAUAAAGUUUACUGCUGGAACAUCUGUUCUUGAUGAAGACAAACAUGAGAUACCCGCGAAAUCGAUUUUAUUUACAAGUUUUUCAGACAUCAUAACAGGGAGGUUUGACAAACAUGUUCUGAUUCAUGUCAUUGGAAUGGUGGAUAGUAUUGGUUAUGCGCAGACUGAGUCAGGUGCAAAGAAGCAGCAAAUUAGCAUGAUGUUGCGUGAUCACAGCAACAACAUGUUGAACUGUACUCUGUGGGAAUCAUACGCGGAUCAGUUCAUCAAGUUUAACAAAGUUAGGGUUGCUGCAUCACUACCUACAGUUGUGUUGCUUCAGUAUGCCAAAGUGAAGGAAGAAGGAAAGUAUCCUCUGUCUGUGACAAACACCUACAAUGUGAGCCUUUUAUGUGUUGAUGCUGAUUUUCCGAUCAUGAAAGACUUUAUUGAUAGAAUGCCUGAGGAGAGCAAGGUAACCCUGUCUGACCAACUUGGAGGGAAUUCCCAAUAUUCCUCCCAAAGUUCUGAAAAUCAACAGCUCACUCCUGUCCAAAAAUUGUUCUCUAAGGCUGUUGUUUUGCCUAUUGCUGAGAUUAUUCAACUUACGGAUGUUACAUUUUGCGCUACUGUCGCUACAACAAAAUUAUUAGUAGCAUCUCCGUUUGGAUGGUUCUAUCGUGCCUGCCAUAUGUGUCAAUCUAUAGCGCGCGGGGACAACCCCCCCUUUGAGUGUGAAUCUGGUCAUGAAACCAUGGCCGAAGUCCUGAGGUAUAAGAUUGAAAUUGAGGUUACUCACGGGGGCCAAAGCUGCAAUUUUGUCUUCUGGAACAGAGAAUGUGAAAUGCUGUUGGGUUUAUCUGCAUCGCAACUUCGUAACACUAUGAUUCAGGCUGGAAUUACUGAUCCAUUGGACUUUCCGUUAGCACUUGAUCAGUUGUUGAAGUUGGAAAUGGCUAUGAAGGUUAAGUGGCAUCCACGCUGGAAGAACUGUUCCGUCGUUAUGAUUAUAAAAAAUGAUCCUAUUAUCCAGCAACUUAAGGAAAAAUGGGGAACAGAUGAGGAACCUAUUCCAAUCCAAACUGUCGUACCUGAUACUCUGGAGAUUAAAGAGAGUGUUGAUGAAGCUAAAACAGAUGCCAAUGAGGACUGUGAAUUGGUUACAGACCUGGAAAUUACAUCUGAACACAAGCCGGAUGCUGUUACACCUGGUGGUAAGAGACAUCUUCCUGCUGCAUCAAGUGAAUCUAUUGAUGGGGAACUGUCAUCAAACAAGCUGAAGAAGAUAAUUAAAAUGGAGAAGAUUGAUUAGGAAUAUUUUUAUUUUGUGUGUGUUUUGCUUAGGUGUUUGUUACAAAAACUGAAUGUUAGUUUCCUUUGCUUUUAAUCAUGUGUGUGAUUUCAUUUUCUGUAAUAAUUAGUGCAUGAAU